UCUCGUACUCUCUCUCAAGCUCCGUUCUCCCCUGCCGGCUCGGAGAAUCAAGUAAAGUUUGAUGCGUAUGGUGACGGAAUAGGCCGAUACAACAUCUUCAACUACCAGCUUGUGCCAGGCAGCGACAAGUUCACUUAUAUCCAGGUUGGAGAGUGGGCAGAGAGUCUUUCCCUAAAUGAGGGCUUGAUCGGCUGGCCGAGGGGAGCGGAUGUACCCACGUCUCAAUGCAGUGACCCUUGCGCUCCCAAUGAGAUGAAGAAGAUGCAAGCCGGCGAAUACUGUUGCUGGAUUUGUACUCCUUGUGAGCCCUAUGAAUACCUACCGGAUGAGUUCACAUGCAUGCCCUGUGCACCCGGCCAAUGGCCCCGUCCCGACCUGACAGGAUGCUAUGACCUUCCUGAGGACUACAUCAUGUGGGAGGAUGCUUGGGCCAUUGGACCCAUCUCGAUUGCAUGUGUUGGCUUCAUAUGUACCUUAAUGGUCUUCGUCGUUUUCAUUCGGCACAACGACACGCCGCUGGUCAAAGCGUCCGGUCGUGAGCUGUGCUACAUCCUGCUGCUGGGAGUCUUCAUGUCCUACGUCAUGACUUUCAUAUUCAUCGCAAAACCUUCGCCUAUCGUGUGCACGCUGCGGCGGUUAGGCCUCGGUACCUCGUUCGCGGUAUGCUACUCCGCCUUGCUCACGAAGACCAAUCGCAUCGCUCGCAUCUUCAGCGGUGUAAAAGAGGGCGGGGCUCAGAGGCCACGCUUCAUCAGUCCGAGCUCACAAGUGUUCAUCUGUCUGUUGUUGAUCUCCGUGCAGCUCUUGUUGGUGUCCGUCUGGCUACUCCUGGAAGUGCCCGGCACACGGCGGUUCACAACGCCGGAGAAACGCCAGACUGUCAUUUUGAAGUGUAACGUACGGGACUCUAGCAUGCUGCUGUCGCUGAGCUACGAUGUGGUUCUGGUGGUCCUCUGCACGGUCUACGCCUUCAAGACCCGCAAGUGUCCGGAGAACUUCAAUGAGGCCAAGUUCAUCGGCUUCACCAUGUACACCACCUGUAUCAUCUGGCUGGCCUUCCUGCCCAUCUUCUACGUCACCUCCAGUGACUACAGGGUCCAAACCACAACCAUGUGUAUAUCUGUCAGUCUGAGUGGAUUUGUGGUGCUGGGCUGCAUGUUUGCCCCCAAAGUCCACAUCAUCAUGUUCCAGCCUCAGAAGAACGUCACCAGUCACCGGUUAAACAUGAACCGGUUCAGUGUGAGCGGGCCGGCCACUAGCUACGCGUCCCACGCAUCUGUUAGCGCCCACUGCGUUCCGACGGUGUGCAACGGCAGAGAGAUCGUCGACUCCACCACUUCCUCUCUGUGACCUCGCCUCUUCCUCCAGACUCCUGCUCCUUAGCGACUGUUAGCCAAUCAGCACACAUUGUGCUCUGCCCAAGAACUAGGUCUGCCUACAGUGUGUAGAAAGUGUGUAUGAUUAUUAAAUUAUUUUUAGGGCUUGUUGUAAAUAUUAACUGACAUUGUUGUAGAGAAACAAAAGAACAAAAAAAUCCUUUAUAGAGAGAUUUUGGAAACUUUUGUUUUGAUAGCUUUAUUGUGUAUGUUGUAAACGGCCAUGAUGUGAUGAUGUAAAACUCAAACCAGUUUUUGACUGGGCCACAGUAGAGACUGACAGAAACGGCUCCGCCUGCAAUACUGGACACUGGAAUCUGUGGUCGUUUUCUUUUGUAGGCCUCAUUGUAAUAACCUAAACUGUACGUAUGUAUUUCUAUGUUGUACAUUUUGUACAGAAUCUUAACCGAUGGUUUUAACAGCACAAGUUGACAGUAUUAGAGUCUACGCUGGUCAUGAGGUCCAGAGCAGGAAAACCAUCGAGUGAGCGCUCGCACCUCAAACUUCACGUCGUCUCAUCACAGGCAGUGGCAGUACGCCAGAGGUUACAACACCAUUUUAGUACACUGUCAUGACAUCUGAAAGCAUAUUACAUUAACUGCAUCUCAUAAGCGUUGCGUUCGGAUUGGCUGUGAUGCAUGUUUAUGUUGCAGCACAGAUAUGCAGUGCUACGAGAUGUUAUAUAUGUUUA